UUCCUGUGCGUCCGGACCGGAAGGCGCUGGUGCACGUCUGCACGUUCAAAGAGGAUCCGCGCAGCCGUGAUUGCACCUCCGCGAUGGCUGAGCCGUGUCAUCUUGAAGACACGAUUUACGAAGGAGAGAAGGAGUUUCAGAAGAUUUUAGCUGAAAUUGGAGGAAGAGAAAGGAUACACCUGGUCAGCGACGUUGGCAAAAGUAAAGAGGACGAUGACGCUGGGAUUUUGCAAGAGUUCCUUCGCGACGUUUUUAGUCAAACCAGCUUCCCAAACGGACAACCACAUUCCGCUCAUACAAAUACUCACUGUGACACGGAAAAUGAGAACCUUGCAUCCUGCAAAACAAGACAAGCCACGAAUCUGCCUUUAACCGUGAGACCAAAAGCUGUGACAAACCCAAGUGAAAUAGGGAGAGAAACGCGCAAUGGCAGUCAAAAAAGUGUGUGGAGAAGGGACAUUUAUAGCACAAAAAGAACUAUCGACUCUCCUGUCAUUAUAUUCAUUUUCAGGAAUACUUUUCUGAAGUGUCAUUCAAAUCUGGUGUGCCUAAAAGAGAUCCUCAAAGACGUAAAAGCGCGGACAAAGCGUGCCCAAAAUGCACAGCCUGCUCUCAUUGGAUUAAUACGCACGAGUUUAGAGAGCGCAGAAACCAAGCAGUGCGCGGUGGUCCUUGAGAACAUGAUGCGCUCUGUCUUUCACAGACAUGUUCCAGACUCUAUGUGGAUCGGGAGCUUCGUUCCCAAGAAAGAAGAGGAAAUACUUGAAAUCAAGAAAAACUUCUGUAGAGUCAUCUACUCGUCCAGAACAGCAGAUAAUACAGGGCAUAGAGGGAACUCUCUUUUCUGGCCAUUCCAAUGUUUACUUGGACCUAUCAGAAGAGCACCAAGAGACCGAGCAAAGAGCAACUCUACAGACAACUGGCAAUCAGGCAAUCCCAAGGACCUAGAGGAGAACAUUCCCUUGAAAACCUAUAACCAGUCCGUUGGCCCUCAUACGGUGGAUGAAGAGUUGGCUGUAAAAGACCGCUAACAUAGUCUGGUGGACCUUAAUCUUUGUAUUUAAGGCUUAAAAAUGGCUUAAUGGUGGAUUGCCACAAGGAUGUUUAGAUGUGUAUCUACUUGAAAUGUACAAUAUUUAUGUAAUAUGCAGGAAAGAUUAAUAAGGAAAGUAUAACAUAUAGUUUGUAACUUUUUAUACUAAAAAUGGUUUCACCAAGCUUUAUUGAAAUAUUAAUUUAAUCUAUUUUGUGCUUUGGACAAGUGGGCUACUUUUAACAGAUACUGACUGUAACUACUUUUAUGUAGAUUUUAUGUCUACCUAUUCAUCCAUAAAUACUUAACCACAUUGGUUAUUGUCUUUUCUAUGGAUGAGUCUAAACCAGCACUGCCAAUUGCUCACCUGAAAUUAUGAAUAAAACAGCCUUUAUUAACAUUUU